UCCAAGCUUGGUUUUUAUGGUGUACACCUGGCUUAGUUUAGAUGGUGUACAAAAUAUCUCUUUGAAGGCAUUCAAGACCACUCAAUUGCAUUACAGGCAUUUUACUUGUUCUGAGAUAUUUCUCUCUUCUUCCCCAGUUCCGAUGGCGUCCCCAGCCAAAGUAGUAGCCAGAGAGCUACGUCAUUUGAUUCGAGUCUACACCGAUGGUUCCGUGGAACGCAUUGUAGACUCGCCCUACUUGCCACCAUCACCAAACCCAGAUCCAGCAACUGGUGUCUCGUCAAAGGACAUAAUCAUCUCUGAAAACCCCAAACUCUCUGCUCGUCUCUACCUCCCAAAAAUCCAACACCACCACCAAAAACUCCCAAUCUUGGUCCACUUCCAUGGCGGUGCAUUUUGCCUUGGAUCCGCCUUCUCGUAUUUUGAAGAUCGUAAGACCAGUCUUUUAGUCUCUCAAGCCAAAGUAGUUGCGGUCUCCGUUGAGUACAGGCUAGCCCCAGAGGACCCUCUCCCUGCAGCAUAUGAGGAUGGUUGGGCCACUCUCAAUUGGGUUGCGGCUCACUUCAAAGCCCAGAAUGAACCCAAUAGGGAUCCAUGGCUUUUGAAUUAUGGUGAUUUUGACAGGCUUUACAUUUCAGGUGAGAGUUCUGGUGGUAAUAUAGUUCAUAAUAUCGCUAUGAGAGCGGGAUCUGAGAAUUUGGAAGGAAAUGUGAAGAUCCUGGGUGCUUUUAUUUCUCAUUCAUAUUUCUGGGGCUCAAAACCAAUUGGGUCAGAAAAUGAUCGCCGCGAUAACCCCAAAUUGUAUUUGACUUUGGACUCCAAAACAAUUGGGACCGAACCUGGUGUUGAUCAUGAUAAGACCUUCCCAGCAUUGGUUUGGGACUUUGUGUACCCAUCAGCACCCGGAGGUCUUGACAAUCCGAUGCUCAAUCCCGAGGGUCCCGGGGCACCGAGCCUGGCGAGGCUUGGGUGUUCGAGGUUGCUGAUUUGUGUUGCUGGGGAAGAUGAACUGAGAGACAGAGGUGUUCGGUACUAUGAAUCGGUGAAAGAGAGCGGUUGGAAAGGUGAAUUGGAGCUCCAUGAAGAUGAGGGCGAGGGUCAUGGAUUUUAUGCUAUAAAUCUUGAGUCUGUGAAUGCCAAGAACAUGUUCAAACGCUGGUCUUCUUUUCUCGAGUGAUCAGUGUUAAGGGACGGUAUGAGAACGGCACUUCAUGGAACAUGUUACAGCAAAACUAACGUUUUUUUUUUUUCCAAUAAUAAAUGUUGUUUAUUUAAGGUAGAAGUAAC